AUGUCUCCAAAUGUCUCCGGUGACGUCUUUCCCGAGUACUUAACCAGCCGUAACUAUGACUACGCACUCAAAGCUCUGCCCGCCAUCUUGUUUCUCGGAAUUAUAUUGCUGGUGGGAUGUGUGGGCAACGCUCUGGUCUGCUAUGUGUACCUGGUCAAGAUCGGAAGAACCAACGCUUUCCCCAACUUUAUCUUGGCUCUAGGGUUCCUUGAUUUAGUCAACUGCAUCACAAAUAUUCCUUUUGACAUGUUCCAUCUGUCGCACCGCUACACCAUAGGAACGUACAACGUGUGCUACAUCAAGGCAGUGACAAAUAAUUUAAUUUCGCUGACGUCCAUGAUUAUUCUGUUCCCAAUGACUGUCGACAGAUACAGGAGGGUGUGUCGACCGUUACACAGGCAGAUGACAGGUUAUGGGGCUAAACUGUCCAUAGGGGUAUGCUGUGUUGCCUCAUGCAUCCUGUCCAUCCCAUGCGUGUUUGUUUAUGGACCAAGGACCAUACCCAUGGACCAAGGACGUGUAAAUGCUUCAUUGUGCAGUAUAUCAGAAAAGGCCGGGACAUUGCUUCCACUUUUCUUUAACGGGUUCGUUCUUCUCACCUUUGUGGUCGUGCUUGUCACAGUGGUUGUCGUGUAUUCCUUGAUAUGGUACCAACUGUCUCAACAAACAAGAUUCAGGGCGGCAUCCACCAGCGGAUAUGUUCCUAAUCAGUCCGACCUUGAGAAAGAUCACAAUGGGCGUGGGAAAGCAAGGAAGUUGAAGAGGAAGAGAAAAGCUUCUGAAAGCGACGUGUUUUCAACACGGGAAUCCAUGACGUCACACAGACGGAAUCCAGUUCGACAGAGAACGGUCAUGAUGUUCCUCAUUAGCCUCGUUUUCGUUCUCAGUUUUCUGCCUCAUUUUGGAAUCAUGAUUGCCAGCAUGUUUUCCAACUUAUUCGACAACCUUCCAACAGCCCAGAUUGCCUUAAACAACAUAUUACUUAGAUGUUACUUCAUCAACAGCGCCUCCAACCCCAUCAUUUACAGCAUCUGCGGCGUCAACUUCCGGCGUGCUGUGAAGAAUUCGUUCUCCAGACGUGAGAGUAAAACGACGAGCACUCAAAACAGCAGCGAACUGAAGCGAAUACAAUGCGGUGCACCUCAGUCUCCUCAGCUCGCAUGCCCCCAACCAAACACAGUCACUUCAGGCUAUCCCGUCACUGGUCACACACAUGCCACCACUCACGUCACCGGACAUACAGAAAGUGACUCCACCCCUCACGGCAACUAG